AGGAGGCUGCUGUAUAAUAAUCUAGAAAAGAAAUGAUGAGAGUACACUUCAAGUUAAAGGAAAUGAAAAGCCUGGCUGUAUUUUAAGUUAUAUAUGAGAAUGACUUAAUGGUAAUGAAAGAAGGCUGAAAACUGAUGUCACUGUACAUUAUAAAAUACUUUCUGGGACCAGCUGGAAAUCUUUCAACAAACUAGUUUGAGUUUAAGGACAGGGAGAAAACAGGAAAAAAUAUUUCAGUGCUUUGGAUCUUUGUAUCCACACCACAUAUUUAAAUUAAUUAAACUUAGCUGAUCAAGAAAAAUUGGCUAAACCACUGCAACAACACGAAAAACCUUGUUGGAUACAUCUUAUAUUCACUGAAGCACCUCCUUGAAAUCAGUGGCAGAUUUUGAAGAGUGUGAAGUUGAUUAUACACAUAAUUGACAGAGGAUGUUUAGAUCUUGUUCUGAACAAGCCUAAAGUACUUGAAGUUCCAUAGAUGCAGAUGGUUUAGUGUCUGAGCCUUAAUCAUUUCUGAGAUAAAUGAAGAUGUUCUAAACACUGAGGGCAGGCCAGGUAGGGUUUUAAUUAGUGUCAGAAGUAGAGCCAUCUGUGAGAAAUAAAGUAAGCCAGGCUUCCAACUACCCUCACCUGUUUCUCUCCAGUGAGCAAGUACUUUGUGGAUACCAUUCCUUUCCCAGACUGCUCCCAGGUAACUGUUCUCCAGUUAUUAUCAUGUAUAUAAGAAAAUAAUCUAUAGCUAUGAUUAUUCAUGCUCCUCAUCUGACUUUUAUGCUUGUGUCUGUAUAGCAUGAACAUGAUAGAUAACUUAAAUAUUUCCAAAAAUAUUGCAGGAGGCAGGAAACCUUAGAAGUUAAGGAAGUUUGUCUUCUGUGUGUGAAAAAGCAAGAUUAAGCACUUGAGAAUCACAAAACACCUUCAAAAAAGAGGUAUUUCAGAUAAGAAUGUUUCAGAAGCAGGUAAGACAAAGAAGCUUAAGGAAAGUAUGAUAAAUUUAAAAAUCAGGUUUCCCACGGAAAACUGUUGAAAGCCAUUUUUUAACCUAAUUCUGUAUUUUGUUCUAUUGAGUAAUAAAAUGUCAAACAGGAAUAACAAGGAGUGUCCCCUGUUUCAAGACUGUUGAUUGCAAAUCGAUUUCGAGGCGUCACAGUAUAAAUUAAUUCCAUCAGGCAGCUAUGCAGAGUAAUUUGUCAGCUCUAAAAUUAAAGGAAUAUUUAAUAUUUAUUUUUAGAGUAGUUUAAAUAGGUGUUUAAAUAUCUCCUAGAAAUAUGAAAGCUGAAUGCUGAAAGCAAUACAAGUACCACACAGCACAGUUGUUAGAACACAUUUUGAGCUGGACAAAACAAUCCAGUGCAUUGUGUCUCUCUGCCAUGAUAAGGGCAAUCAAGUGAGGAAAGAUUUCAUAGCAAUCCUUCACUGGGAUGAAGGUAAAUUAUAAAUAUUCUGUAAGGCACUCUGUCCUAAGGCAGUUAUAGCCUAGGAAAUGAAGAUGCAUUGUUUAUAUCUAUAUAUUGAAGUAUAUAUAUAGUAGAUGUGCUUUUUGAUGACAUGUUUUGCUGCUUUUCCCAAAUUACUUCCCAUUUGGGUUAUAUGUUAACGGAUUUUUUUUGUUAUAUCAUGGCUAUCUUUGAACACUGAGAAGAUCAUAUGGGACAGAAGCUGUAUGGAUCAGUUCAGAGAAGAGAUGUGGAAUGAAAGGAACCAAAGACUGAGAGAAACAGGUGGAAAUUUUAGGAACAAAAUUGCAGGAAAAAUACUCUGAUUUUUCACUGUUCUUGUAGGGCAGAUUCUCAAUCCUGGGGAUUGAGACUGUGAAAGUCACAAAGCAAUACCUUCCUCUAAAAUUUUAGGGUAAGUGGAUAUCAGUCCUUUUUGCCUAUUGUCAGCAAGAUGCUUUUUUAUCACUAGAAUUUGGUUUUCUGUGAUUGUGAACUGCAGGCAGUGAAGACUGAGUGUGUCUGUGAGUGAGCUGUGUAACUUUCCAUGUAUUACAGCUACAAGUACUUUUUUCAUUUUGUCAUUAUUCACAAGGUUAAAAAUGUCUCUUAUAACUCUUUCCUACAUACCAUUUGUGAUCUAUUAUUGCAUAACUAUAAAUGUAGUAAUAUAUUUAUCAUAUUUGUAUCCUUCAAGUAUACACAAAUCUUUUUUCUGAAUCCUCAGUGUUAGAUGCUGUCUUAUAUUUUAGUCUCAAUGAUUUUAACUAAUGAUUAUGAACCAGUUUGGUCUGUCCCAACUCAAACAUUGUAGCCAGAUGAAUUAUUUUCAUUCAGUUGGGUAUUUGCAAAGCCCAGAGUGCAUUAAGGCAAAGCACUGUGAGUACUCCAGCAGGGAAUACCCUUUUAUGGAGGUAAUCAUUAGGAAAUCACUUAUGUACAGUGAUUAAAUUAGAAUGAGUUAUUUUCACAUAAUUUGAUAAUGGGAUCGAUUCCAUUUUAGGAUUUAAUCCAUUAGUAGCUGAACUCUCCCAUCUCUGAAGAAUGAUCUGGUUUAAUGUGUCUGAGGGAAGCAACAGACCAAGUCCUUAUGACUUCCUGUGAUGUUGUGCCAGUUAUAAAUAUUAACUAUAACAAUUACUUAUUAUAAGUUAUAAUAAAUAUAAAUAGUAUUAAAAACAUAAGCCAAUUAUAUUUACAGUAAUUUUGUAUAAAAUCUGUGGCAUUUGGAGAACUGCAUCCUUGUUGGAACAUCAGAGGGAUGACCUUUACUCAGGGUUUUCUCUAGCAAAGGCUACUGAAAGAGCAGGGAUGGCAGCAAAGCGUUGAUUCCUUUCCCAGGCACGUAAGGCACACACUGGAAGGAAGCAGGAAUUGUAGGGGGUUGGCAGGAGAAGCCUUUUUAACAGCCUUUCUGACUGUUGUUGUGCCCUGAGCAGCACAAAAGAACAUCUGACUUGCAGCAGGCAGGGACAGUGGAUGUGGGAGCAGGGACUGAGUGAGUGGUUUCCCCGCCGGGUGAAGUGGAGCAUGUUCUCUCUGCAGUGAGCAGCUUGGGCUUGUCCCAUGUUUGCUUUGUUUUGAAGCACAGAAAAAAGCCAAAUCCCAGGUGGUUAUUUUUUACUGAAGUACAGCCCCAGUGACUCCAGUGACACACCUGCCUGAGAAUUCGGGCUGCUGGGGCUUUAAAGCCUCAGCAGAGCCAGUGGAUUUUCAGAGAGAGCUGUGGAGGUGUGUGCUCUGAGCUGGGCCAGCCCAGCCCCGGGGCAGCAGCUUCAGUGGCUUCCUGUCUGCAGCCAGAGCUGUGCUGGAGCAGUCAGCUCUGUUCCUGUCACUGCAUCCCACAGCCAGAGCUGUGCUGGAGCAGUCAGCUCUGUUCCUGUCACUGCAUCCCACAGCCAGAGCUGUGCUGGAGCAGUCAGCUCUGUUCCUGUCACUGCAUCCCACAGCCAGAGCAGGGAGCAGAAGCCCAAGGCCACCUUUGGCAGGAAAUGGCCCAGGUCUCUCCCAGUGUUUGUUGCUGGCCAUCCAUGGAUCAGGGUGUUUCUGCUGGGAUUCCACAUGUCCUUACAGGGCAGGAACAACUCUCUUCUCUUGUGCCACUUCAAGCUUUUUAAGGACUGCUAUUUGCUUCUUCUGAAACAAGUCCUAUUAAGCCUCCCUGGGCUGUAAAAUGGCCUGGAAGGAUUGGGAAGUUGGAACAUUUGCUGUCAUCAGUCCCAUCAGAGCCCAGCAUUGCUAACAGAUGAGCUUUGGUACCACUGCUGAGUCAUUCUCCUGGUUUCCACAGCUGACACUUCCUUGCUUUGAGUCUAGGCUAAAAGUGGACAGAAUGAACUAUUAUUUUUAGAUUAGUAAAGCCCAGCUUUAGCUGAGCUUAUUAGCCUAUCAUUAGCUGUGUUUAAAACAACUGCUUUACAUUUUACUAAACACAUUAUGUGUGUAUGUGUGUUGUUAAUUCUGCCAUAAAGAUUAUGCUGAAUCCUGGGAUUGAGAACUGAUUAAGAGCCACUAAUGGGUAAGGUAUAAUGAAUUAUUCAUCCUGUUAUCCUAGAGCAAUCACAAUAAUGUCUUGGUGCUAAUUAGUAGGUGGAUGGGCUGACACAAAGUCAGGAAUACCCAGGAGAUAUUUUAUCCAACAUGUAUUCUGAUUCCUGUUGAUAAAUCUCUUUCCUGCUCUUACAAUUUAUUUCUUAUUCAAUAAAAACAAGUCUUAUUUUGGGAUCUUUUCUUCCUGUUAUUUCAAUGUCAAUUUUUUUAAGAUCAUAUAAUUUUUUAGGGUUAAAGUAGGCUAAGAGCAGAAGGUUUUGACAGCUUUUGGCACAGCUGUCUGCAAAGUUUUCCUGUUACACCUCACUAUAUUACUUUGUCUGUACUGGCUGAGCUGCAUAUUACCAUUUCUUCUAUUACAUGUGAGCUUAAUUGUCUUGCAGCAAUCAGAGCAGAAUUUGUCUUAUUUUUAAUGAACACAGAACACCUGUAUGUGCAGUUGUAAAGCGUGGCACUUACUGUGGUAAUGAAUUAGAUAUUCGUACAUAUUAUUCUUUAUUAAUUAAGGCAGCACAGUUUGAAACAGCUAAUAGAUUAUUUUUUUACAUGGCCAUUAGUCAUUACUCUAUUUUCUCCCCUUUUCUCUUUUAAGUCAAGUCUCAGCAUUUCAUUUUGUUGUACUUAUACUGGAAUGUAUCACUGUUCAUCAGAGGGAUUUAUCAGGAGUCAAACAUUAUCAAUUCACCUUGUAUUUUGCCACUGUUUGUUAAAGAUUCCUACUUUUUGAAGUAAGGCUGCAGCCUGAAAUGUCUCUUAAUGCAGAUGUUUCAGUCUCUCAGCUCAGCUUGAAAAAAAAAAUCAACCCACAAAUCAAAACAAUCCCCUGCACCUAUUUCCCACUUGUUUUCUUCUCUAGCAGUUGUUUUUCUUCAUUUUGUGCUGACCCUGCUAACACUUCCUUCUGCUCUCCCUGCAGCAAUACCUUUUGGUAGCUCAGUGAAGAUGUAACUGCUGCGUGGGUGGGACCUGUGGAUCGUCUGAGAAUGCCCAGCUGAGCCUGGUUUUGUGUGAGAUGAGCACAGUGAGCUGCUCUGGGGAUAUCUUCUGAUUUAGGGGAGAGUAUGAGGAGGACUGGAGAGUAACUCUGGGGGCCCGAUGCUGCCCUUGCUUUCUCUCUCUGGGGUUUGUGUUUCUGCUCAACAGCGUGAGAGAUUUUUUCCUCCCUUUCCUCUCCUCCUCCUCCCCUUUUCCUGUUUCUCUCCCUCGGCCACCACAUCCUUCCUAAAGCUGCUUAUCUCUGAGAUUUUUCUUCUCUCUCUCUCUCAGUUCUCUCUCUUCUGUGUGUAAUUAAGCACCUGGAACAUUUCCAGCCUGAUGACUGUGGGGUUUUGCAAUGAAAGCCCUUGGAGAUGUACUGAGUGGGCUGCUCUGAAGGAGUCAGACUUUAUGAGCCCUAAUGCCUGCCUUUGUAGAGAUUUGCAAAGUGCUUGGCAUGUUAAAUGCAUUGUUGCUCUCUGAGUAACAGCAACAAUGUGCAGGAGGUCUCGUGGUACAAAAAUGUUUCCUUGUGACAAAGUCCUAUAGAAAACUGCUCUUUUCCUUAGUGCUCAGCUGUUCACACAGGAGUCACUGCUCCAGUGACUCCUGAGAUCCUGCUUUCUGUGGGUCAGCCUGACACCAACCUGGCAUUUACAGCCAUGCUUAAAUCCAACAGCUUUCUAAACCUCAUAUUACUUGAAGUUUGGGUCUGAUCAGCUGAGGUUCAUCUUCUCUUCAGUGUAAAAACUGAAUCACUUUUGGUUGAAGAAGUCGCAGCUACAACCUCCCAUUGCUGAAUUCAGUGUUACAAUCACUACAUCUGGUUCUACAUUAACUCCUUCUGAAAUGAGUGGUGGAGGUCAAAUAUUGGGCUAAUUAAACUAAAUUAAGGCUUUGCUUAAGAGACACAAUGUGAAGAUGCCUUGCUGGAUAGGAAAGUACUGUGUGAUAGACUUGGAAGCCUCCUCCAGAACAUGGCCCCAGGCUUUCAGCCUGCAGGCUGUCCUCUGAGGGCACUGCUUUCUGUGCCUUUAUCUUGCACUCAGUGGGUAUCAAUAACUCCAGCAUUUCCUUGCCAAGAAGCUUUCUCCCAGGGGUUUUAUAGCCAUUUAACAUAAAGCUGGUAGUAACAUUGUCUGCUGGCUGAGACUGUCCAGAAUUAAACAGGAUUGAAUGCAGAAAGGAUAUUUAUCUUCAGCCAGCUCAAACAUUUGAGAGUAUAAUAGAAUUGGAAGAAGAUCUAGAAAGUUAAAAAGAAGGGACAUUCUUCCACCUUGAUGAGGUGCUGAAGGAGCUUUCAGUCAAAGGAAAACCCGUUUUCAUUUGUCAGCUGGCCAGGUUAUUGUUAUCAUGUCUUCAAGUACAGAGAACAGAAGGAAGAGGGCAAAGGAAUCUUCUCCAACCCUGUAAGGCAUGGCAGUGACACCUGGUUCUUGGCAUUGCUGGGACAGAGCCCUGGGUAAUCAGUCAGAGAAGGGAAAUAUAUUAGAAAAUGUACCUUGUAUUAGAAAAAGUACCCAUAUAUUUUGUAUAGAGUGAUCUCCCUUGGUGUCUCUCUGGAGAUUUCUGGCAGUUUCUCCUGGAUUGUCCAAAGUCCCUCCACUAAAUCAGCGCUUGAGCCACGCUCAAACUUCCUGUGACCAUGCUGUGCUUCAGCAUCUCUGACCUAAAUAACAUAUUAUAGAUAAUAGAAUUAAGAUUUUUUUUUUAAACCAAUAAUAGUUUAAAUUACUUCAGAUUUUUCUUUUUCCAUCUGUCCAUCCAUUCCUUUCCCUUGCAUCUAUUCUUCUCAUAAAACUCAUAUUUUUACCUCCAUUAUCUUUCAUCCUGCUCUUCCCUGAGCCCUCUUUUGUCCUUUCUGACCUAUCUUCCCACUUAAAAUACUUUCUUCCUGGCCUCAUGGAGCAUUGCCAUGGUGACCACAUGACGUCAUUGCACUGGGAACAGUUGCCUAGGAAACCAUAUGAUGUCAUUACACUGGAGACAGUUGCCAUGGUUACUGAGUUGGCUGAGGGAACUGGGAAAAAGAGUUUGUCAUCUGACCAGUGCCAGGAAAUGUUCCCAUUAAUGGCAAUAAAGGAGAGACCUUUAUUUAUAUUUAUGUUUUUAUGUUCCAGGGAGGGCUGUCUGUGACUCAAAGACCCCAUUGGUUUUUUUGGGAUGAUGUGCUGUGGCUGGACUUUUGCCUCUGGGCUGUGGGAUCUUCCUCACCUGUUUCUGCUGUUCAGUGUUACUGUGAACAUCAAGCCACAAGGAAAUGGAGAAAAGCUGUGUUGUCCUGUGGUUCUGUCAGAUGGGAUUGCAGCUUCUGUUGCUGUUUGAUCUCCUGUUUGGUUCCUUUGGUUUCUGAGAUAAAUAGCCCAGCCCAGUAUUUAUCCCAGCAGAUGUACAGUAACAGGGAAUGUCACAGCUGAGCUUGCUUCAUCUGCACCAGGCUCUAUGUGAGUCUGUAAUUUGUUUUCCACUUCUUUCCUGCCUUUCCCAAUUUCUGUUUCAUCAUUGCUGACACGUACCUGUCUUGUUUUAAUAAUUCCAGGAGUUCCCAGAAAUGUCCUACAUGAAGGGUGAAGCAGAGGUUAAAUAAAAAGUUGGAGGCAGCUGCUAAAGACAAGUAAGUGCCCUGCAGAUGCUCUGGAGUUCACGAGAAACCAGUUACAGACUUCCCACUGAAGUUCAUGAAAUGAACCCUUCUCUGCUCCCCCUGGGUCCAGUCCUCCUCAAGCUGAAAAUCAAAAUCCAGAAUAAAACUCGUGCAGUUCCUAUGGAGCUGCAAACAAAGAUGCAGUCAGAGAAACUACACGGAGUGGUGGUGGCAGGCCAGAUGGCAAGGAACAGCUCUUGGAGGUGGAAAGCAGCAGCCAGUGAGUGUUGGGAGCUCCCAGCAGUCAGAAUAUCCUGAGCUGGAAGGGACCCACAAGGAUCAUCAAGUCCAACUGCUGGCCCUGCACAGGACAACACGCCGGAAAUCCCAGCAUGUGCCUGAGAGUGUUUGCCAAACAUCCCUUGAGCUCUGGCAGACUGACACAGAAAUGGAAUCCAUGAAAACCAAACUUUUUGUGAAUUGCAAGGACCCCUGCGUCAAUCUCUGUAAAGAAGUGCCAUCUGCAGCCUAUCUUAGGCAAACUCUUCCCUGAUAAUUAAGGCUAUGUACUCCAGCAACCGAGGGACGGUGGGCGGGUUUUUCCUGGCAGGACGGAGCAUGAUUUGGUGGCCGAUUGGUGCUUCUCUGUUUGCCAGCAACAUUGGCAGUGGGCACUUUGUGGGCAUAGCAGGAACAGCAGCAGCUAGCGGGAUUGCCAUCGGAGGCUACGAAUGGAAUGCUCUGAUAUUUGUGGUGAUUCUGGGAUGGGUCUUUGUCCCCAUUUACAUCAAAGCUGGGGUGGUCACAAUGCCGGAGUAUCUGAAGAAGCGUUUUGGUGGGAAACGGAUCCAAGUCUACCUGUCAGUCCUUUCCCUGAUCCUGUAUGUUUUCACUAAGAUCUCAGCUGACAUAUUCUCUGGAGCUGUAUUUAUCCAGCUGGCCAUAGGGCUGAAUCUGUAUGUGGCCAUAAUUAUCCUGCUUUCUAUUACUGCUCUUUACACCAUCACAGGUGGCCUCGCAGCUGUGAUUUACACAGACACCUUACAAACAUUCAUCAUGGUACUGGGAUCCUUUGUUCUCAUGGGAUUUGCCUUUAAGGAAGUGGGAGGGUACGAGGCUUUCAUGCAGAAGUACAUGGAAGCAAUUCCAUCCAACACCUCCUAUGGGGGCACUGACAUUGAUCCCGAGUGCUACACCCCCCGGCAGGACGCCUUCCACAUCUUCCGAGACGCCGUCACCGGAGACCUGCCGUGGCCAGGGCUUGUCUUUGGCCUCAGUGUCCUGGCCCUGUGGUACUGGUGCACAGAUCAGGUUAUUGUCCAAAGAUGUCUCUCUGGCAAGAACAUGUCCCAUGUGAAGGCUGGUUGUGUCAUGUGUGGAUACCUCAAACUCUUGCCCAUGUUUAUCAUAGUGAUGCCUGGAAUGAUCAGCCGAAUUCUGUACACAGAUGUGGUGGCUUGUGUUGUGCCUGAAAUCUGUAAGCAGCACUGUGGCACUGCAGUGGGCUGCACAAAUAUUGCUUAUCCAAAAAUGGUAGUGGAGCUCAUGCCAAAUGGUCUGCGGGGUCUGAUGCUGUCAGUCAUGUUGGCCUCCCUCAUGAGCUCCCUGACUUCCAUUUUUAACAGCGCCAGUACUUUGUUCACUGUGGACAUUUACACCAAAAUCCGGACCCGAGCGUCUGAGAAGGAGAUGAUGUUGGCUGGCAGGGCAUUUAUGUUACUCUUAAUUGGCAUCAGCAUUGCCUGGGUUCCUGUGGUUCAGUCAGCUCAGAGUGGGCAGCUCUUUGACUACAUGCAGUCUGUUACCAGCUACCUGGGACCUCCCAUUUCUGCUGUUUUCCUGCUUGGCAUCUUCUGCAAGCGUGUCAAUGAGCCGGGUGCCUUCUGGGGCCUCAUUAUUGGGCUGCUGGCUGGAUUGAGCAGGAUGAUUGCAGAGUUUGUCUAUGGAAAUGGCAGCUGUGCGAACCCUUCCAACUGCCCCUUCAUCAUCUGUGGGAUUCACUACCUUUACUUCGCACUGAUUCUGUUCGGGGUUACCGCCAUCGUCAUCCUGGCAGUCUCCUUCAUGACUAAGCCCAUUCCUGAUGUACAUCUUUACCGCCUGUGCUGGUCCCUGCGGCACAGCAAAGAGGAACGGAUUGAUAUUGAUGCAGAUGAGGAGCAGGACAAGGCUGAUGAAAAAGAUGAGGAAUCAGUUAACGAGGAAAGCCGAGAGGAACCUGGAUGUGUAAAGAAAGCCUACAACUGGUUCUGUGGCUUGGACCAAGAGAAAGGCCCCAAACUGAGCAAGGAGGAAGAGGAGGCCCUGAAGAAGAAGAUGAUGGACACAAGCGAAGUUCCCCUAUGGAGAAAUAUUGUGAAUGUCAAUGGCAUCAUCCUGCUGACUGUGGCUGUGUUCUGCCACGCCUACUUUGCGUAACUCUGCUCCCAGCCCCACACUGCUGCACUGCCAAGGAAACUGAUGGCUUGUAGAUUUACACAGUUAGACACACUUAAUGUUUUCAUCAUCCACACUGCUAAAAAGUCCGGGUGAUUUACUCGCUGAUUUUAUGAUCAUAAUUUCAACAAUCUGAAGAUGAAGGCCACUGGGAUUUCAAGAGAGAGAAUUUCUGUUUAGACACUGAACCAAUGCAGGGCUAACUGAGGUUCAGAAUUUCCAUCCAUUAUUCUCUCUGUUCAUAAUACAUUUCAUAUUUUAGGUUCAGAACAAGGCUGCGUGAGCCAUAUUUCAUAUCGGGGUUUGUGAACUACCUUUUAGGGUUGAUGAUGCUAUUUUGAUUUUCAACCCUUCUUCUGAUCUCUCAAAUUUCUUUUUCCUUAGACUAUGAUAAUUUGAUUACAAAAAACCUGCAACCAUUGAGGGACUGUAUUACAAAUUCCAAUUAAAACAUCACUUUUGUCCCUCCAAACAUGGGAUAUUUGAAGUACAGGAUUUAUAUGUAUAUCAAUAUAUUUGACACUAUAUCUAAUUUUCCAUUAUCACUUCUUUCCCUUUUUUCUCACUUUUCAUUGGGUUGUGUUUCUCAGUCAUCAGUGGAACACUAACCUCUGAAUUGAUGGCAUUUUGUAAUUGGGGAACACCUCUCUCGAUGAUCCUAAUAAGAAUUCUGCUUCCAACAGAUCUUCUGUUUUACGCCUAACUUCUAAAGGUCCUCCUCUCUUGAUAUUUUAAUAUGUACCUAUACUUGAAUGUGAAGCUUUUUAUACAAAAUACAUAUAUUAUAUAUACACAGGCAAUACGUUAUAUACAUGCACUAUAUAUAUUAUAUAUAUUUAAAAAUAUAUUUAUGUGUGUAUGUGUGUGUAUAUAUAUAUAUUUAUUUCUUACUGAUCAGUUCCCACCCUGGGAUGUCAAGGACCUCAUUACUGUGGGGUUGGUGUCAAUGUAUUGCCUCUCUCUCUGGACUGUGCUACAAACCCCACGCCCACAGAAUGCUGAGCUGCAUUUUGCAAAUGCAUUUGAGGGCUCUGUGCUGCUUUUCUGCAAAGCUAUAAAUCCUUCUCUGAAGAUUUCACUGAGAACUAGAAUUCCUGCUGGCUGGCAGCAUGAGUUAGCAGUUCAUGGAGGAGAAUAGUCACAGCUGUGGGAUAUCAGCUAAACCAGGCUGAUUGUCUGCACUUGAUAAGUUUGGUACCAGCUGGGGACACAGGAAAAGGCAGAUUUAACACUUCAAAGCAAAAAGCAAUAGAUUUUCUUUUCAUCUCAUUCAGCUUCCUGGGGAAUCAAGUGUAACAAGAAGAUGUUGGUUUGCUUAGUCAAUCUGCACCACAGUUCCCUGUUCCUUGUUGCAUUGUCCCAAAGCAUUUCAGAGGAUGGUCCUGACUGGAACAAGUGCAGCUGAAAGGGAAGGCAGUGCAGUCCCUACAUGUGCCACACCACUGCUGCUGCCUCCUGCAGCUCUAAUCACUCUCACUUCAUAAUCCUCUCACAGCAUCUCUGCUUCGUUUGAAUCUAACCCAAAUGCUCUGGAUUCCAGAACUGCUGCUCUUCACUAGAACUGCUGCUCUUCAGCACAGUCCCUGCAGUACCCUGAAGGGUUUUGCACAGGCCAGAUCUAAUCAAUGCUACAGAAAUACCAGUGCAAGCCUUUUUUUCUUACACUUAACACAACAAUAGAGUAUUUUCAAGACCGUGGAAUUAAUUAUAUUUGAUGAACUAUGAAGAGUUGUAUGUAUUAAAGUACUUGUAUAUUUUUAA